AGAUUCGUUUACCAUGAAAACCAAGUCAGCACUAUUUAUCAAAGCGCUCCAGAAGACCUUCCACAACCUCUCAAGAAAAAGAAGAACGUGUCGAGUCUUUUAAAAAUGAACCAUUCGUGAAGAACAAAAUAAUGAACGACGCCACUGGAGGAACGCCGCUCUCCCCCAACGAGUCUGGCACUUUUCCGGUAUGGCCGAUUAUAAUAGCCAAUCCCAACGCUUCUGACUUCCAAUCGUGUUUAAAAGACGCUGAAAUCACCACUUUCUUCAGAUUCGUUAUAAAUGGCUUGUUAAUGAACAUAAUUGGCGUUCUGGGAGUGUUGGGCAACAUAAUUUCCAUGAUUAUUUUGUCAAGACCCCAAAUGAGAAGCAGUAUUAAUUAUUUGUUGAUCGGAUUAGCCAGAGUCGAUACAGUACUGAUUAUAACUAGUAUACUACUGUUCGGAUUACCGGGCAUUUACCCUUAUAGCGGUAUGCUGUUCACUUACUUCUACGUCGUCCUUCCCCACAUAGCUCCAGUAGUUUACCCUUUAGCCACGGUGGUCCAAACUGCCUCAGUGUACCUCACCGUGACUGUAUCAUUAGAACGCUUCGUGGCCGUGUGCCAUCCUUUAAGGGCCAGAUCCCUUUGCACCUAUGGCAGAGCCAGAAUCUACGUGGUGGGCAUCAUCAUCUUUUCGGCCAUGUACAACCUGCCGAAGCUGUGGGAGACCACCGUGCAGAAGGAAUGGAGCGAGGAGGACAAUUCCACGGUGUACUGUGUGCGGGAGUCUGCCCUUAGGGGUAACGAGACGUAUAUGCACGUUUAUAUACAUUGGUUGUACUUGAUAUGCAUGUACUUGGUACCGUUCGUCUCGCUGGCAGUACUGAAUGCUUGUAUAUAUAGACAGGUGCUAAUGGCCAACAAGGAACGUCAAAGACUGUCGCGUCAUCAGAAGCGCGAAAUAGGCCUAGCCACUAUGCUUCUCGGUGUCGUGGUGGUCUUCUUCAUCUGCAACUUGCUCCCUUUGGUGAUCAACAUCAUUGAAUGCUUCGACGUAAACAUACCCUUCGAGUUGGACUACUUGCUGCAAGUCAGCAAUCUGCUAGUGACGAUAAACUCUAGUGUUAAUUUCAUUAUUUACGUUAUCUUCGGAGAAAAAUUCAAAAGACUGUUCCUGAUUUUGUUCUGUAAUAAUAAUUUGUUCAGAAGCGGCAGGGAAUCCCCAGAUGGAGUCACCCACGAGGAUAGUUUCAUGUCUAAUGGGGAUAGACAGAGUUUGAGACUGCACCGACACAGUACGACCAUCAGCAGAAACGGUACCGGUUCGUCGACCUUCGGUCGUACCAACGGCUCCACCCGAGCACCGUCGACGAGAAACAGUUGUCGUCACGGCAGGACGUCCAGUCCUGGUCCUUGCGUCUACUACCCGGCCAACAGGAACAAUAAAGAACUUACACAAACGACUGUAUUGAUAGCUGAUUGACAUUGGGCCCCUCAAGAUGAAGCGCUGAUGGAGAACGACGACGUAUGACGGGAGAUGUCGCUAUCGCUCGAAAGCAUUCACAGAUUUUACCGGAUCGGAGGAGAGUUUGUACAGGGUGAUUAGGGAGUAAGAGGCUGAUCUCAAUUUAAGUUUGUUUUAAAUUUUCAUUCAUAAUUUUUGUAUUUUACAUAGUUUCUUCAUAGAUUUAUAAAAAUCGAAAUUUUAUCAUGUAAACUUUCAAUGGGUUUUCCACACGGAUAUAAUAUCAUCAAAUUUUACUUUAUGCGCUUGAGGGAGUCAAGGUAAGCAUUUUGUUCCAUUGCACCGACCUUGUAACUAUACAAGGUGAUUCCGAAAAUUCCGUUCAAAAUAAGACGAGUAAAUAUUACAUUUUAAACUGAAUCAGCUUUACUUUAAAAACAAAACAUAUCUUUAACGGUUAAUUUUUUUCGUUGGCCAUCUUCUAACUGUACAGGGUAAUGCUAAAAAUUCAGUUCAGAACCAUACGAGCAAAUUAAUUAAAUUGUUUAAAAAAUGUCUGACUGAACUUUAAAAACAAUACAUAUUUUCAAUGAUAUUCUGAUAGAGAGGCAUAACACCGAUGCAUCAUUGUUUUUAUUUGACCGUCCUUUUAAAAAUUGCCAGAAGGCUAUUCAAAUGAGUAAUGUCAGUGAAGAACUUAGUGGAAGAAUAUUGACCCCAGAAAAAAUUAACCUUUGAAGACAUGUUCAGAUUCAGUUUAAAAUGUGAUGUUUUUAACAAUUUAAUUAGUUUGAUCAUGACCGAACGGAGUUUUUGGUAUCACCUUGUAUAGUUACAAGGUUAGUGCUAUAGAACAAAGUGCACCCAUAAGUAAGGUCAACUCGGGGAAGUGCAUACCUUCAAUUUCAAAGUUGACUUUAAUAUCAAGAUAAAAACUAGAGAUUAUCGUAUUAAGUAAUGAUAAUCCGAAAGUAUUUUUACCUGAAAAUUUGGAUUUAUAAAAAAAAAAUUGGUCGCAAUCUCACAGAAAUGCACUUACCUCAGUUUAUGGGGCAAGUGCAUUUCAGACCUCGUUCUUUCUAUUUAGAUGCUUAUGAUGAUUAUCCGCGGAAAGAGCAAAAAAUAUGUAAAAUUUAGAAUCGGUCAGUUUUUGCAGAACUUACUUAUCUGUAAUAUUAAGAAAGAUAUACUUAGUCAAAUUAAUAUUUUGAUUUUAAAUCUUAAGAUUUUAUUAGAAAAAUUAUUAAACAUAAACGUUCAGAAAACAUUUAGAAUACAAAAUAACUGUUAUACAAACUUUGGUAGAUACUUUUAACAUAACAAAUAUUUAUUCUACGACUAGCACAGGGUCCUUAAAUACAUAGCGGCCUUUAGAGUCCAUCUCAAAGUCCGGAACAUCUGUAUUCAUAAUCUCAUGCAUCGGCACGGUGUCUUGAUCAGUCUUAUGGAACUUGAAAGUCUUCUUUUCUUUAUCUACAGAGCGUAAAUAUUUAACAAAACACUCUUCUGAAUCAUAUAUUUCUUUGAUUACUCCUAGAUAAAUUUUCACAGUUUUUUUGGUAGAUUCAUACUUGACUAGAACGAAAUCCCCUGGUUUUCUUGGCACAACCGAAGCUUCAGAAGGAUCUUCUUUAUUAUUGGAGUUAGGAACUUAAUCAA